UCCCCAUUUUCUUUUCCAGCCCUGUUGAAGGGUUUCGGCUCGAAACGUCAACCGUACUCUUCUCCGCAGAUGCCGCCUGGCCUGCUGAGCUCCUCCAGCAAUUUGAGUGCGUUGCUCAGAUUUCCAGCAAUCUGCAGAUUUACUCAUGUUUGUGGAGAAAAGUCACGUGCUUCGGUAGCGCAGCUUCUUAUCCGGGGAGUGAGGCACACUCUCAGUACUGCGGUCAGCAAGUGGUAGUUAUACUGAACUUUUCUCUCCUCGGACAUCGAGUAAAGGAGAGCGGGCUGUUGUAGUUUAAUUUACAUUGACUCCAAAGCAGUUUGUUGAUCGCUUGGUCGUUCUGAUCAAAACAGACAAUAAUUUUGUCUGAACUGAGAGCGGAGCUGAAGGGGUCGGUUACGGUGUUGCUGAGUUAAGCGAGCUCUGUUCCCUUCUUCUACGGAAUGAUUCGCUCUAUCUUAUUCUGGAUGUUCAUUUCGUUCCUUCAGUUCCCUUGCGGAUUUGGCCUUGCCUAUGUGCCAGUAUCAGGUGGAGGAUCACAGGAGACUGCUAAAAGCAGAAGGGAGGCUUCAGGAGGAGCAGAAUUUGGAGAAAAGAUCCAAUUCAAGCCUGCAGCCGCAACGAUUACAGUAUCUCCAGGCAAUCCUGCAAGCUUCAAUUGUUCCAUUGUUCUACCCGGAUAUCAACAGGAUCUGCACAUUAAAUGGCUAAAGAACGGCAAACAUCUAAUUGAUGGUGACCGCUGUUCGUUCAAAGGUAUCUCCUUUAGCGACAGUAAAGGCAGAACCACGAUCAUGAGCUCCUGCAGAAUUGAAAGUGUAGUCCGCUCUGAUGCUGGUGCUUAUUACUGUUCGGUACAAGUAGGUGAUGAGCUGUUUGAGUCGGAGAAGAUAAUCCUCGAAGUAGAAGGUUUGCCAAGUUUUAUUCAACAGCCAGAGUCAAAGAAUGUGUCAAGAAAUGCCAGCUUUAAUCUCACCUGUGAAGCUGUUGGCCCUCCUUAUCCUGUGGAUAUCCACUGGUUACACGAUGGCAAUCUGAUAAAGAAAAUUUCAAACACCACUCUUUCUGUUCUGAAUAUAGCCGGUGUCGAUAAACAGACAAGAUAUAGUUGCGAAGCUCACAAUAAGAAAGGAGUUACAGUUUCAAGGAAAGCCCAAGUUAACAUCAAAGAGGCCCCAGAUCCACCAGUUAUCCUAUGGAUUCGUAACCAGAUGGCGCACGUUAUCGUAGUUUCAUGGGAGCCUGGCUUUGAUGGAUAUGCCCCUCUAAGCACUUGCCAAAUCCAGGUCAAGAAGGUUGCAGAGGGUGAAGACAAUGUGACAAGUUUGGUGACCACGGCAGUUCCACCAUACAACUACAGCAUCCUUAAACUGCGAGCAAUGACUUCCUACAUCAUUAGAGUUUCGUGUAGGAAUGAAAUUGGAUGGUCAAGCUACUCUUCCGAGAUCCAGGCCAAGACAACAGAAGGGGUCCCAACGGCACCUCCUCAUAAUAUCAGCGUCCUUGUGAGUGAUGCUUCAUUGACUGUUGAAUGGAUCGGACCUCCGGAGGAGGAAGUUAAUGGCAUCCUGUUGGGCUACAAGUUGAGCUAUGACUGGAAAGGUAGUAGGUCCCCUGUUAUAGAGUCACUUGCAUUGGAUGCCGGUCAGAACAUUAAUCGAAGCACUAUUGAUGUUGAGACAACAAACGUUACGUACAAGAUCCAAGUGGCUGCAUAUACUAAAGUUGGAGUUGGACCUUACAGCAAACCUGUGCAUGUGUUUGUUGCAAGUGCUGAUGAGGUCUUUUCACCAGUCUCGACUGCUCCAGCUGCCAGUAGUAAAAAUGGUCACUUACUGAUGGUCCUGAUUGGAGUUAUUUGUAUCUGCGGUAUCAUUGUCAUGGCAGCCAUAAUGUUCACAGCUGUCAAAAAGCGAGUGAAAGAGACGAGCUUUGGGAAUGCAUUCAGCGAUGGAGAAGACACUGAGUCAACUGUUCAUUACACAGUGAAGAAAACCUACUUACGACGGACAGUUGAGCUUUCAUUGGAUCACCUGGGAGUCCGGGAGGAGUUGAAAGAGAAGCUACAGGAUGUAAUGACAGACAGAAGCCUCCUGACUCUGGGCAAAGCUCUGGGAGAGGGGGAAUUUGGGUCUGUAAUGGAGGGACAUCUUAAGCAGGCUGAUGGCAGUAGCCGGAAAGUUGCUGUUAAAACCAUGAAAUUGGAUGACUUCUCACUGAGGGAAAUCGAAGAAUUCCUGAGCGAAGCAGCUUGCAUGAAAGAUUUUGAUCAUCCAAAUGUCAUUAGACUUUUGGGUGUGUGUUUGGAACUGGGCUCCAGAGAACAGAUUGCAAAGCCUAUGGUCAUCCUUCCCUUCAUGAAAUACGGUGACUUGCACAGCUUCCUGCUGCGCUCCAGGCUUGAACCAAAUGCUGAGUAUAUUCCGCUGCAGACUCUGCUGAAGUUCAUGAUCGACAUUGCCAGUGGCAUGGAGUACCUGAGUAAUCGGAACUUUCUACACCGGGAUCUGGCAGCCAGAAACUGCAUGUUACAGACGGAUAUGACAGUAUGUGUAGCAGACUUCGGCUUAUCCAAGAAAAUCUACAGUGGGGACUACUACAGGCAAGGUCGGAUUGCUAAGAUGCCAGUGAAAUGGAUUGCUGUAGAGAGUCUUGCUGAUCGAGUUUUCACAGUUAAAAGUGAUGUGUGGGCAUUCGGCAUUACGAUGUGGGAGAUAGUUACCCGGGGGAUGACUCCUUACCCAGGCAUUCAGAAUCACGAAAUUUAUGAGUAUCUGCAAGCAAAUCACAGACUAAAACAGCCUUCGGACUGUCUGGAUGAAGUGUAUGACAUUAUGUACUCCUGUUGGCGGAUGGACCCUGUAGACAGGCCUACAUUUUCUGAUUUGAAAUCCGUUCUCUCUAAAGUUCUUGACGGUUUGCCCAAAAUCCAGGGCAGGGAAGACAUCAUCUAUGUUAACACAGGAAUUUCAGCAGAGAAGAGACAGUUGACUGAAGAUGCUUUUUGUGAUAUAGACUUGUCUGAUCCCACUGAAGUUGCCUCAUGCAGCCGGGAAUGUGCAGAGGCCACUGUUACCGUAGAAGUCCAUGGGACCUUGAACCUGGAAGAAAGGUAUAUCACCACAGAUGUCCCUGAUCAGGAGGAGAGUGCAGGGGAUGCAGCAACGCCUUUGUUGCACAGUACCUGUCAAAGCAACAGAGCAACAUUGCCUCAUUCUGGGGAUAUUCCAUUUGCUGAUGAUUCGUCUGGAGACUCUGUUGUAAUGUUGUGAUGGAUAAUGAAGUGCUCAUGCAUUCAGAGACACCUGAAGCUGUGGAUGCUGGAAUCUGAAGCAAAAAGCAAACUGCUGGAGGUACUCAGCAACAUCUGUGGAGGCAAAGGGAUAAUCAUUGUUUUGCAUCAGAAUGCCGAUUAUCCCUUUGCCCCCCACAGACAUCACGGAGCACCUCCUGCAUUUUGCUCAGGAAGUUACUCGUGUUAAAUAUAUUUGUCAGCGGACAGAUGUAAAGUGUUGCCAGACCAAAUAUGUUUUCCUAUUUUUUUAAUGCAAAAAAAUAGAUGAUACUGUGAUAUAUUACAUGUGCGCUUUUAAUCAGUUGUCAUUUAAGCUGAGAGCAAUCACUUCGGUGAUUCAGUCAUGGCUUGAUGAUAAAUCAGGGAUUGUUUUGAAGGUUUUAUUUUUGUAUGUUUCCUUGUGGUUCUGAGGAUAUUUGGGGCAUUAAAAUGAUUGGUAGGAUCCUUAAAGUGUCUAUCAGAUGCUUUUUUCCGCAUGGUGUUAGACCUCUAGUAGUUAGAAAUUAGAGUUAAUAACUAAUUACGUUACACUUGGAUAGAUUAUGAGCAGCAAUGUAUUCAAGCAGGAGUUCCUAACCCGGGGUCCAUGGACCCUUUGCUUAAUGGUAUUGGUCCAUGGCAUAGAAAAGGUUGGGAACCCCUACAUUAAACCUACACAGAAAUAAGAAUAUCUACACAGAUCAGAGUCUUCUUGCCAACCGCCGAACUCCAAAACCACAGUAUCCAUUGGCCUUUGAAAGAUUCCAGGUAUUCUGCCCCUUUAUCUGAAAGUGCAUUUGACUGCGUGCGUGCGUGCGUGUGUGUGUGUGUGUGUGUGUGUGUGUGUGUAUAUGGGGGGGUGGGGGAUAAAUUCCAGGUACAACUCAAAUUUAACCUUGCAUCAGCUUGAAGACAUAUUUAUGUCAUUGUCAAAUUUGAAAUACUGUUUAAAUGAUCUUGUAAGUGUCACAUAAUGUUAAUAAUCCUGAAGGACUUAUCUAAGUGUAGGGUUGCUUUAAAAUGUCUCCUGGAGCUUACUAUCAUUCAGCACAGAAGUAGGCCAUUCAGCCCGUGAUUUAUACUAACCAUAAAGCCGCCAAUGAUUCUAAUCCUCCUCAAAUUCUGAACAACUCCACCCUAAUUCUACCAUUUACCUACAAAUGAGACAGAACUUACAGUCUUCAAGGUCUUCGGGUUGUUAAGGGAACUGGAGCGCUGAUAAUAUUUAAGCUCUGCGUAGGCAGAACCGGAGGUCAGGAUUGAACCCAGAUUUGGAGGAGAUGUGAGGCAGUGGCUCGGCCAUCUCCUCCGCGUUGCCUUCCCGGCUGCAUCACGUGAUGUGCAGUGUGUGGUGCGCAGGUCACAUGCUGUUCAGAAUGGAGACCACCCAGUCCAUUGUAUCUGGGCUAGCUACUCAUGCAAAAUCAAAUACCAUAACCCUCUGACAUUGUGAGGCAUUUUGACCAGAACAUCCCAGGCUCAGUGGUUGUUAAAUUGAUUUAUUAUUGUCAUAUUUACUGAGGUAUGGUGAAAAACUUUGCUGCAAAUCCAUUCAAUAAUCUUGUAACAAUGGGAUAGAAUCUGUUGUUCAAGCCGGGUGCUUUCAGUCUUUAGCAUCUUCUGCCCUAUGGAAGAGAGAGAGAGAAUAACUAGGGUGUGUGGGAUCUUUGAUUAUGCUGGCUGCUGUGCUGAGGAAGCGAGAUGUACAGGCAGGGUCAGUGGAGGGGAGGCUGGUUUCUGUAAUGUGCCGAGCUUUGUGUCCAGAACUCUGCAAUUUCUUGCAGUCACAUCCUGAGCAGUUGCCUGACCAAGUUGUUUUGCAUCCAGGUAGGAUGCUUUCAAAGUUCAAAGUACAUCUAGUAUCAAAUUAUGUGUACUCUUUUAAAACCUUGAAUUUUGUCUCCUUAUAUGGUGCAAUAAAACAAAGAACGCCAAUUGAGCCCUUUAAAUAAAAGUCCGUCCAACACCCAAAGUGCAAAUAAAAGCAAAUCAUGCAAACAAAGUAAGCGGAUAACAUUCAGAACUGAAGUUCACAAAAGUGAGUCCACUGCAGCCGAUCCAGGAGCCCAUUAGGUGCAUCUCAGUGAGUUCUUCUGUGGUCGUUGAGUUAGCUCUUUGAAUCCCUUGACGAAGCUUUCCCAAUUUCUCAAUGUUCCAUUUUCAAUACUCCUCAAUUCUUCAGGAGAAACACUCCAGAUAACAUUCAGCAGAUGUUGAUCUUCGGACACAGUUGUGAUGUCAGCCUGAAUGAAAGAUGUUGACUUUUUGUCCAAAACUCUCUUCCUUUAUUAAAAGUAAGAAUAAUGGAUCCAGUUAACUGAACUCAAGUGCUGCAUAAAGACUGUUGUCACUGAUCUUUCCAUUCAGUGGCAUUUCUUUAAGUUAAAUGGCUCUGAAAUCAUCUUGUUUUGUAUUCAGACCCCACAUGCAACAUCUUGUUAACCCUUCUAACGGUAAUUAGCAAUCCCUUUUGUUUAAAACUUCCACUUUAAGAUGGCCCUGCUGAAGACAUACAACAGGUCACUGGUAGAUCGAAAGCAAAGGAAUUUAAUUAAAUUGAUUAUUAAAACUAUUUUUUGAAGUAAAUUGUGGUAAACUAUCACUUCAAGCAAUGAAGAAGCGAGCGAAGGCAAAUCGGAUUUGCGGGUUGCACCCUGCUGGUGUGCUAGAAAAUCAACGCACCGCUGGUUGGAGUGAAUGAUUCGGAGGGGAGAAGAUGGGACUGAGGAGCUCCAAUGCCGACCAACUAACACAUGUACAAGGGUGGAUCGCUCUAAGUGCCGACCCAAAUUGGAGAGGUCGAGAAUGGCUUCUUCGGCAGCGAAUUCCAGGCCCGGAGCAAAUUGAUGGGCAGUGAGUUCAAGGCCCGGAGUGAUUCACCACACCAUGGCGAGGCCCUGGUCCUAAUGCGAGCUGCAAUCCUCUGUUUUGGACAAUCCAGAUGCUGGCCUGUAUGGACUGGAAAGGCUGGCUGUCAAGAGUCUGAUGUGGUUGGAUCACGCUGGCUGUAGAACCGAUUUGGAGAGGUCGAGUACAGUUCCUUCAGCAGUGAAAUCUAGGCCCAGAGCCAUUUGCCGGCUGCAGGUGUAAGGUUUGGACAACUUGAAUGCUGGGCCGGAUAGGCUGGGGACUUCUCUCUCUACGACACUGAGUCUGUGAGACUGCCCCUGGCUGCAGUGCUUCAUGUCUGUGAACUUUGCGGCGACUUGCCCCGCUGAUAUGAUGAACUGAAUACUGAGGGUUUGGGUCUACUCCAGGCUGCUCUGGGGAUUUGCAUCUAAGGACUCAAAUUGGUUUGGAAUCCUGUUGUUGCUCGCUUCUAUUGUUUAUAUGAUUUGUUUAGUGUUUUUUUCUCUUUCUCUGUGGGCACUGCAAGGAGGUUUGGUCUUAUUUUUUGUAAUUGGGUUCUUUCGGGUUCCUUGUUUUGUGACCGCCUGUCUGAUAGAGGUAUACAAGAUUAUGAGGGGUAUAGAUAGGGUACAUGCAAGCAGGCUUUUCCCACUGAGAUUGUGUGAAACUACAACUAGAGGUCAUGGGUUAAGGGUGAAAGGUGAUAAGUUUAAGGGGAACAUGAGGGGAAACUUCUAUAUUCAGAGAUUGGCGAAAGUGUGGAACAAACUGCUAGCGCAAGUGGUGGUUGUGAUUUCGAUUUCAACGUUUAAGAGAAGUUU